UCAGUCUUGCACAGGUGUACCGGCUCCUCCCCUUCAGUCUUGCACAGGUAUACCGGCUCCUCCCCUUCAGUCUUGCACAUGUGUACCGGCUCCUCCCCUUCAGUCUUGCACAGGUGUACCGGCUCCUCCCCUUCAGUCUUGCACAGGUGUAACAGCUCCUCCCCUUCAGUCUUGCACAGGUGUAACGGCUCCUCGGCUUCAGUCUUGCACAGGCGCCCCUAGGGUUGAUCCAAUUCAUCCUGCAGGGAUCGUCGGCUUGCUUUACAACUUACCUUUUUGUGAAGCGAGGCCGGUGUCAACCCCAGCGGUCGGUGUCACCUGGUGUGGAGCGCACCCCCCGCACCUGCCUCGGGAC